ACAAACUUCAAAAAGUAAACAGAAAAUCACUCAAGUCCUCGUCCAAAGUUCCUGUUUUUUUCGACUAAAAGCGAGGGGCGCCGGGGACAUCUACGCCAUGCUGCUGGACGUCGACGGAAUGCAGGUUUUCUUCCCCUACGACUUCAUCUACCCGGAGCAGUAUUCAUACAUGUUAGACCUAAAGAGGAGUCUCGAUGCUAAGGGCCAUUGCAUACUGGAGAUGCCUUCGGGGACAGGCAAGACCAUUACACUGCUGUCGCUCAUUGUGUCCUACCUCCGAGCUUUUCCGCAGAAUCUCACAAAGCUCAUCUACUGCUCCCGAACCAUUCCCGAGCUGGAGAAGGUAAUUGCAGAGUUGAAGAAGCUGAAGAACUACAUUGAGAAGGAGACUGGAGAGCCUGCAAACAUUACUGGCCUUGCAUUAGCCUCCAGAAAGCAUCUGUGUGUGAAUCCUGAGGUCAGCAAGGCAAGGGAAGGAAAGCUUGUUGACAAUGGAUGCUAUGCAUUGACAGCCUCAUAUGUAAGAUCCAGGGCCCAGAGAGACGACACAGUGCCACAAUGUGACUACUUUGAACAGUUUGAUCUCCAUGGCAAGGAAUUUCCCUUGCCAGCCGGCACAUACAACCUUGAUGAUCUGCGGGAGUUUGGCAGACAGAAGGGAUGGUGCCCAUACUUCUUGGCCAGGCAUGCAAUAGUACAAGCAAAUAUCGUAGUCUACAGCUACCAUUACAUGCUGGAUCCGAAGAUUUCAGAAAUAGUAUCGAAAGAGAUGAAGAGCGAGGCUUGCGUUGUUUUUGAUGAGGCUCACAACAUUGAUAAUAUUUGCAUCGACUCCAUGAGUAUAAAUAUUAAUAGAAGAGUACUGGAUAAGGCCAAAACCAGUCUUAAUAGUUUACAUGAACAUAUAUCAAGGAUAAAGGAGUCAGACAGCAACAGAUUACGAGAAGAAUACAGUCGCCUUGUGGAAGGGCUGCGGCGGGCUGCUAACCAAGAGCAUAUUAUAGCCAAUCCCAUUCUGCCAAAAGAUUUAUUAGAAGAAAAUGUCCCUGGGAACAUCAGGACAGCUGAUUACUUUGUUUCGUUCAUGCGGCGUUUGAUUGACUUCCUGAAAAUGAGGUUGGCUGUCACACACGCGGUUCAGGAGUCGCCUGCUGGUAUCCUGAAAGACCUGAAAAACAGAGCCUUUAUUGAUCGAAAACCCCUGAGGUUUUGCUCUGAACGCCUCUCCUCCAUUGUGAGAACAUUAGAGUUGACUGAUAUAUCGGACAUCUCCCCCCUCGUAGCCGUUGCUCACUUUGCCACCCUUGUCUCCACGUACUUGCAGGGUUUUGUCGUAAUUAUUGAGCCCUUCGAGGACAAGGCUCCAAAUAUUCCCAAUCCUAUAUUGUACUUGAGGUGUUUGGAUUCGUCGCUUGCAAUCAAACCAGUCUUCACAAAGUUCCAGACAGUUGUCAUUACCUCUGGAACUCUCUCACCCUUGGACAUGUAUCCUAAGAUCUUGGACUUCCAUCCUGUGAUCCAGAAUUCCUUUACAAUGACACUUGCUAGACCUUGUAUCCUUCCAAUGAUUGUGACUAAGGGUAACGACCAAGUGGCCAUCUCGUCCAAGUUUGAGUCCAGAGAAGAUCCAGCUGUCGUCAGAAAUUACGGGAAGCUUUUAGUAGAAAUGGGGACAAUUGUACCUGAUGGAAUGGUGUGUUUCUUCACCUCUUAUCUGUACCUGGAGAGUGUGGUGGCCACCUGGUAUGACCAUGGCAUCAUCAGUGACCUUCAGAGGCACAAGCUUGUUUUCAUUGAGACCCAAGAUGAUGCUGAGACAUCUCUAGCUCUUCUGAAUUAUAUGAAGGCAUGUGACAAGGGACGAGGAGCAAUCCUGCUGGCUGUGGCGAGAGGCAAAGUGUCGGAAGGGAUCGAUUUUGACCACCACUACGGCCGCUGUGUUAUCAUGAUGGGAAUUCCAUUUAUGUACACCCAGAGCCGGAUUCUGAAGGCCAGAUUAGAAUACCUGCGUGACCAGUUUAAUAUUCGUGAAAAUGACUUCCUGACCUUCGAUGCCAUGCGUCAUGCAGCCCAGUGUGUGGGUCGGGUCAUGCGUGGAAAGACCGACUACGGGAUCAUGUUGUUUGCAGACAAGCGUUUCUCCAGGGCAGACAAGAAGAGCAAAUUGCCUCGUUGGAUUCAAGAGUAUUUAGUUGACAGCAAGUGCAAUUUGUCAACAGAGGAAGCUGUUCAGGUGACAAGACCAUGGCUGCGUCAGAUGGCCCAGCCCUUCACAAGAGACGACCAGCUGGGAGUGUCGCUGCUAACCCUCGAACAGCUGAACUCGGCCUCCAACAUCGAGAAAGUACAAAAGAGGGCUCAGCAAUCUUUUUAACAGGAGGCGCUCAAGAAGGCUACUGUGCCUACUGUUCUGUUGCGGAAUACUUAUUUUCAAAAGAGAGCUCAGCAAUCUUUUUAACAGGAGGAGGCCAAGAAUGCUACUGUGUCUACUGUUCUGUUGCAGAAUACUUAUUUUCAAAAGAGAGCUCAGCAAUCUUUUUAACAGGAGGAGCUCAAGAAGCUGCUGUGUCUACUGUUCUGUUGCAGAAUACUUAUUUUCUGGAACAGCAUUGAACAGCGAUGGGGGGUGAGGGUAAGGGGGGUAGAGGCAAGGGUGUUGAACAGCCGGAGCCAGUGUUUGUAAGGGGGGAGGUAGGGAGGGGUAAGGGAAUGAAAGCAAGAGGAGGAGGAGGAGGGGGAGGAGAGGGUGGGGAUAGAAUACUGUAGAUGAGGGAUUUUGCAUAUAAUGCCAUUAUUUGUUCACUUAUUUAUCUUUUAUUAUGUUUUGAUCAAACUCUAUGUAUAUAUUUUUUUUUCUCUUUCUCUUCAGUAUUUCACAUCUUUGCUGUAAAUACCAUAAUGUAUUUUUGUAUUAUUAUUAUUUUUUUUAUUUUUUGUUUAUUCUAUGUAUACAAAGAAAUGUGGCAGUACAAGCUGGAAAAAAAAAUAUACUAUUUAUGUGACUGAUAUCAAGUAUCAGUUUGACUUUUUUAUUACAUUUCACAUCAUUUAUAAGAAGAAUUACAGAUCUGAAUGUCACUUCCAGUUAAGAAAAUUACAUCAGAAAUGUUUGUGAUCAUGUAACAUUCCCUCCCUCCCUCCCUCCCUC